AUGGAUCCUCCUUCCGCUGAUAGUGGUGGCGGUGACUCUUCCGCAUCACCACGCUCCAGCUCCAUCAACCAGAUGGCCUACUGCCAUGAGUGCGGCAUCGAGAUCCGCCCUCUUAUGACCCCUGAUCCCACCUGCCCGCGCUGCAACGGCCAAUUCGUCGAAAUCAUCGAUCAGAACUCUGCAGGCCAGUCUGGUGACGACCAGGAUGAUGACUAUGACGACGAAACCGACAACCCUUUCGCUCUUCCUGGCAGCCGCGAUCCGUUCUCAGGCUUUGCAUUCCGUACAGGCUCCAUUCAUGGUGGAGGGUCGCUUCCUCAGACCUUGAACAGUUUGCUUAUGGCCUUGACUUCUGGCACUGCUCCAGGCCCCACUCCAGGCACACAACGCGAUCCAGAUGCGUCUGGCUUCUUAAACCAGCAGCAGUCGAAUAGAAGCACUGAUGCGGCCGAUCGCGAUCAGCAAGGAUCCUCCUCGACCAACCGGUCCGGCUCCACCUCUUUUGGACCCUUUGGCUUGCAGUGGAACGUUCAGUAUGGCUCGGGUGGCGGCGAUCCGUAUCGAGACCACUAUCAGCGAGCUACCGAGCAGCCAAACGUAGACCAAAGGCGGCAGCACGACCUGAAUGCCCCGCCUACGCUUUCCAACUUUCUUCGUUUCGCAUUCGGUGGUGCCGACUCUACCGACGACAAUGCUACCCACCGCAACUCGGAAGACACAUACUUUCAUGAUGAUGGCAUGGGCGGAGCGGGCGGGGUUGCAGACGGUCGCCAUUUCAAUCAUGACAAUCGAGGCACCUAUCAUCAACCACCUCAGUCUCCCAGCAACGACACGACUGGGCGCAAUACCGGCGGUCCUCAAGGCGGCAGCAUGCGUGGCAGUGCAAACAACGACCUGCCUCCUGAGCUAGGUGCUUUGCGCAAUCUGUUUACGGGACUGUUUGGCGAGCCAGGUGCGCAAGGCGGAUCGCUGCUCGACUUGCUCGCGGCGGGUGCGCAAGGUGGAGCAGGUGGACCUCGUGGUCAGUGGGGCGACUAUGUGUUGGGCCAGCAGGGCUUGGACGACAUAAUCAGCCAGCUCAUGGAGCAGACGCAGGGCUCGACAGCUCCUCCGCCUGCCACAGAAGAUGUCAUUGACAAGCUCGAGAGGUUCACGCUCGAUGACAAGCAGAGGAUCGAAAAGGCCAGAAACCAGGAUUGUCCAACGUGCAAAGACGAGUUUUUGCCGUCGCCUGCGGAGGCAGGUGAUGCACAGACGGGAGAGCAGGAGAAGGACGAGGACGAGGAGCAGCAGCAGGAUCUCAUUUCGAUGCCGUGUGGCCAUAUCUUCCACGUCGACUGCCUUGUGCCUUGGUUGAGGAUGCACGGCACAUGUCCGGUGUGCAGGAUCAGCAUCGCCAAGCCUCAAGAAGAGAGUGCUUCCAGCGGCCACAACGACAGCGAAAGUACUGGACAGCAGCCACCGACGGCUUCUGCAGCAGGAUCAGGGCCGAUUCCUGGCGGUUGGCCAUCACCGCCCAACCCAUUCACGUCGUUUUUUGGCAGCGGCAACGCCGACCAAGGGGUGCAGAUUCCACGCGACUCGCCGGAAGCCACAACAACAACGUACCACCCGCAACCGCCGACGAGCACCACGGUCACGUCGACGGUGUAUCCGACGGCGCCUGUGGCUUCGGGGAUGGGUGGCGCGACGGGGGAGGUGGUGAACAGCAUCAUUUCGAGUCCGCCGAUUGUAAGCGAUCGCGAAGAGUUUUUCGCGGAGCCGGCUGAGGAGCAGCCGGCGAGUAGGGAGGAGAUGCGUGAAACGCUCAGGCGUGCUGCUGAGGCAAGGAGAGUAGGAGGACGAGGAGCGACGAGUCAGCCUUCGCUCGAACCGGAUGAGCUGGAUUGA